ACCCCACAACGUUACGAGCCCCUUCUCCUCUUGUCAAGAGAUUGCAAAUCGACAGAUUGCAAAUCGUCAGACAAAGAGAUUGCAAAUCCCCUGUUCCUGUGACUCAAACAUGUUUUCAUCAUAUGAAAAGUGGAGGUUCCAAGCUGAAGCAAACGAUGAGGCAGAAAGACUCCUUAGUUCACAACCUAUGCCAUCGACAGCAGAAGAUAUCAAUAUGAAUGAUCUGUAAUUCAUUUGAUUCAAGUAUAGCAUGGUUUAACAUCACUAUCAUAUGGUCGUGGGGGAUGACAUGCUUUAUUCAAAGCCGAGAUUGGAGCAUCUAAUUAUCCAUCCUCUUGGAAGCAACUUAAUUUUGGGUAGAAGAACUUUGGCAAUGACUAAAUUACCUUGGGAUGCAAUGCAAUCUGUUUGCACAAACUGAAGAAACAGAGCUGCUCACAACAGCUGCACGCUUCUAUCACACCUAAUAGCUUUUUAACAACUAACUGAGUAACCCCUGAAACUCGUAUAUUCAGAAAUAGCGUCAGUUAUUUAUGUCUGCAAACACAUGAAAUAAUCUCCUUUACUUCCAGAUUUUGCAAUGUUUUUAUUUUUAUUUAUUUUUAAUUUUUUUUUUCUUGUUCGAGAUUACUUGUAGACUUGGUUUUUGUAAGUGCUUUGUUUACUUGAGAUUUUGGGACUAUAGUGAUUGCUUGUGUUAGUGAAUUGAUGCCUUCUUGACCAUGACUUGUUUUGUCUUUUGGUAGGGGGAGGUUGGUUGCAAGAAUUUGGGUUCAGGACUUGUGAUUGUUGAUUGGUUUCAAUUUCAUUCGAUGGUUUGUUAGCCAUUCAUUCAUGUCCUGACAAUCUAGAGCUUGACUUGUGAUUUUUAUUUUGCAAAUUGUAUUCAUCUAAAAGUGAAAAAUUGACCAAAGGUGAUCCUUUCCAAAGAAAAGACUCAGCAAGUU